UCCAAACUCCAAAGUGUUCCCAUUUAUAACUCUUGCCACGUCAAGUCAAAACUUUGUCCUUUCCCCCUCUCUCUCUCCAUUAAUGGUUAAUCUUUCUUCCUUCAUUCACUCUUCAUCAUCAUCUUCUUGCUUUCACAUGUUCACAAACCGCAAACAAAAACUCACAAUUUAACAAUUUUCCAGCUCACUCGACCGCGCCCCACCCAGCACUCCUUCAAAAACAACAUCCUUAAUCUCUCUCUCUCUCUAAAAAAAUGGCUUCUUCUUCUUCAUCAAAGGUGGUGCUUCUCCUCACCCUCUGCCUUAUCUCCGCUGCCGCCGCCACACGGACGGAGGGCUCCUUCCAAUGCAGCGCACGCGCCACGUGUCACGCGUUGGUAGAUUACUCGCCGACGAACGACACUACCUACUCCGGCAUCAAGACCCUCUUCGGCGUGAAGAAGCUCGACUCCCUCCUCGGCGCCAACAACCUCCCGACCUCGACCCCACCCAAAACCACCGUAGCCGCGAAGCAGAAGAUUCGGGUCCCCUUCCCCUGCCUCUGCUCCAGCAACGGCACCUCCGGCGUCUCCAACAAGGUCCCCGUCUACACCGUCAAGAAAGGCGACGGCCUCGACAACAUCGCGAGGCAGACUUUCUCGGGGCUCGUGACGUUUGAGGAAAUCGCCGACCAUAACAACAUAUCGAACCCGGAUUUGAUCGAGGAGGGUCAGAGGCUGUGGAUUCCGCUGCCGUGUAGCUGCGACGAGGUGAACGGGACGAAGGUGGUGCAUUACGGGCACUUGGUGGAGUCCGGGAGCAGCGUGGCGGGGAUUGCCGAGAGGUUUGGUACGACGGAGGAGACGCUGUUGAAGCUCAACGGGAUGGCUAACGCCAGUGCCCUUCAAGCCGAUCAAGUGCUUGAUGUUCCUCUAGAAGCUUGCUCAUCUUCAGUAAGGACUGACUCGUUGGAUAGCCCUUUGCUUGUUCCCAAUGGGACCUACGUAUUGACUGCUUACCGAUGCGUGAAGUGCAAUUGUAAUUCUGCAAACAACUGGGUAUUGCAAUGUGAGGCAUCACAGCUCAACCCCACAAACUGGUCAACAUGCCCUUCCACUCAAUGCUCGGACUCGAGCAGUUUUUCCAUUGUGAAUACGACAUCUUCCACUACCUGUGGUAGUGGCACAACUUGUGCCUAUGCCGGUUUCAAUAAAACAACCAUCUUCACCACUCAAGUUCAACAACCAAAUUGUCCAGCUUCCAAUAAUACUAAUGCUGCUUCAAAGAUGGUUUUGCAUGCUUGGAGUAGUAACUUCCUUUUCAUCUCUAUUCACUUGGUCCUCCUUUUGGUCUUUUUUCUCUGAGAUGCUAGUUUUCUGCGCACGAGAUCAUCCGCUUUAGGAUAAUUAGUGUGUGUGGCAAUCUUAGUAGACAAUUGAUUUGCAUUGCAGCGUAUAUCUUGUGUAUGAACAUUUUUCAUUUGAUGUAAAACACAAUAAUACAUUUUUGAGAAAAAAGAGGAACAUGGUUUUGGGAUUGAUUAUCCUUUGCA